CCAUUCUAGUUUUAUCUAAGAAAAUCCUUCUUAACAUUAGCCAACAACUCAACAUGAAAACUCUGACGAAAAAUGUAUUACAUGAUCAGACGGAGCUUGCCUUUCUUCUGCAAACUCCAGAAAUUAAGUCACUAUAAAAUAUCUACCAAGAGAAACACAGAUUGAACAAAAAGGGACUUAAACUGUUUAUGAUAUAUUUAUUUAUGUAUGAGCAAAUCAUGUACAGUAUAAAGCCAAAGAGUCCUAUUGUGACUAGAUAACAUCUGUAUGGUAACGAAAGGUGUCAAUGUCCAUGUGCAUUAACCACGUGAACUGCACCCGACGAGACACUCUUUUACAAGCAUUAACAACCAAAUCACAAAUCAUUCACCACUGCUGACAAAAUACUAUGGGUAGCAGAUUGUCUGAAGAUAUGGACGCACAUACACACACACACACACACACACACACACACACACACACACUUUAAACACAGACAUAAAACAACAGCAGUUUUUUAAUGACCAAAGUACAAGAUGCAUCUGACUUCCAGUUACCUUAACCUUUGAUAUCCCAUAAAAACUCAGCACGUAAACCAGGGAUUUUGUGGGAAGACACUGAGGAAAGUCUGUGUAUCAACAAAAAGCAUGAAGUUUGAAGAUCUAAUUACGGAGAUCAAUGGCUUCGGCAGGUUUCAGAAGAUGAUUCUUUGCAUCAGUUUUGUAGGACGAUUCACUAUACCAUGUCACUUUCUAUUAAGCAACUUUAUCGCCGCAGUCCCAUCUCACCACUGUGAUAUCAGCUUUCUGGAUGCUGAGGGAAUCUUUGGGAAUCUGAGUCGGGAGCAGAAACUGACUGUCAGUAUUCCAGCUCAGGAUGAUGGGACUCCUGCUUCUUGUCAUAUGUUCUCUUAUCCUCAGUUUCAUCUGUUGACAAACUCCUCCAGCAGCGCAGAACUUCCAGUAGUCCAGUGUCAGAAUGGAUGGGAGUAUGACAACAGCACGUUUAUCAGCACUCUUGCCACACAGUGGGAUCUGGUGUGUGAUAACAAAGGUCUGAAUAAAGCUGUGACCACCAUCUUCUUUGUCGGAGUGAUGUUUGGAGCAGCUUUUUUUGGAGGCAUGAGUGACAGAUUUGGCCGUAAGCCGAUGCUGCUGGUGUCCUUUAUAUCAGGAAUGGCUUUCACACUGGCCAGCAUCUUUUCUUCCUCCUUCAUCAUGUUUGCAGUGCUGAGAUUCUUUAGUGGAUUCACCAUCACCGGCAUUGUUAUCGUCUCAACCGUACUCAAUGUGGAGUGGGUGGACAUUCAGCACAGGAGACUUGUAUGUAUUAUUGACAGUAUGGCAUGGGCUGUUGGCAGCACCUCAUUGUCUCUUAUUGCAUUCUGUAUCAGAGACUGGAGAUGGCUUACAGUGGCUGUCACUUCACCUUUACUGUUAUCCACAAUCCUCUGGUGGUGGGUUCCAGAGUCAGCUCGCUGGCUGAUAGCCAAUGGCAAGGCUGAAAAAGCUCAUUAUUAUCUUCAUAAAUGCGCUGUCAUGAACUGCAAGGAGGAAGUUAUUUCAAGAAUCAAACCUGAGGCUCUCUCUAUAAUAGUUACAGAUGGGGGAAAGAAAAAUUAUUCAUACCUGGACCUUGUCAGAACCCCAAAGAUGAGGAGAUUGGCUCUGCUCACAGGGACCAUAUGGUUUUGUGUUGCCACUAUGACCUAUGGUAUAAGUCUCAACAUCACAGGCUUUGGACUAAAUAUGUACCUCACUCAGUUUGUGUAUGGAGCCAUUGAGGUUCCCUCUAAACUGAUGGUAUAUUACCUGCUGGAGAAGAUUGGCAGACGUAAAACUGAAGCAGGAGCUCAGCUGUUGGCCGGAAUCAGUCUCAUGAUUAAUAUAUUCAUACCCAAAGAUCAGUGGGUUGGUCGUACUGUGGUGGCAGUACUGGGUAAAGGUUUUGCAGUUGCUGCUUUUUGUACAAUUGUAUUAUACAGCUCGGAGCUUUACCCAACUGUCCUCAGGCAAAAUGGGAUGGGCUAUAACUCCUUCCUGGGGCGGCUGGGUGUGUCUGUGGCUCCUCUAGUCCUGCUGUUGGACAGUUUCUGGGGCCACUUCUCUCAGACCAUCCUGUGUUCUGUGGCACUCAUUGCUUCUCUGGUGGCCUGGCAGUUACCGGAGACACGAGACAGGUGUCUGCCUGAGACAAUCGAGGAUGUCGAGGGUCCUGGGAAAAAUCUCUUUAAAGGUCAAGACAAGCUGGAGGAUGAGGAGAAAACGAGAAUGAAUGAACACACGGAUGAGCACUGAGAUUGUGUGCACAUUGAAUUUUAAAUUUUUACCAGUUAUUAAGUGUCAUGUUCAGAUCCCAGGAGAGUAGAUGCGCACAAAAAAACAAAAAACAAAAAACAAAACAACUUGAACAAUUCCAAGGUCCUUUUAAAAUGUUUUAUUAGUUACAGAAGGAUUUACAACUUUCUCCAGUGCCAUGUAAUAAUUACAGAUAUUAUAAAUGGAGGCAUGAAUGAAUAAAUGAAAAUCUGAGUUUGUGUUUGUAAAA